GACACUGCAUGCCUGGUCAACAGCAUCUGGUCGGCACCACGAGCUAAAGACCCUGAUUGAGGAACAAUAGUACCAGACUGACCAACUAGAACAAAGAGACGUGGGAGUUUUGGAAUGAAGCACCACCUGGUCCUCGCCACCGCCUGCUACCUGGCCAUAGGCUGGUCCUGGGUCUCAUCACUCAGGGUCACUGGCCUGGAAGGAGAGACCGUUCACAUUCGCUGCCCACACACAGCGGAGACCGCCGACAAAGACAAGUACUUCUGCAGAGGGGAGAGCCGCUACCGCUGCCGCGACAUCCUUCUGACAGAACGCGGAACCGUGACCACGCUCGACGAGAGGUUCUCCCUGACCUUUGACCCCACGGUGGGAGAGCAUCAGCAGUCGGCGGCGGCGGCGGUGCAGAUCAGGGAUCUUCGCGCUAACGAUUCGGGAACCUACUGGUGCGGGUCAGACCGACGCAGCCGCUACAGGGACUACGUGCAGGUCCACCUGUCUGUGGGACGACGCAGGGAAAAGGAACAUGGGACCACACAAAACCCCUCCACUCCUCUGGUGGCCAAGCUCCACCCAAGACCUCCAACCCCACCCGGCAUGUCUCUUACCAUCAUCAUCUCCAUAUCUGUGUUGGCUGCUUUCGUCUUCACGGUCACUGGCCUGACCAUCAUCCGGCUCCGUGGCAAACACACAGAGGGGACAUACAUCUCAAAUGUCCCAGGAACCAAAUUUGCCAUUGACGAUUAUGAGAAUAAUGGUCAGGAUAAAAGCAUCACCGAGUUGACUUCAGUCUACCAGAGCCAGCAUCUCAACUUCACCCAACCUGAUGCAGUUUACCAGCACCUGAACCCCAACACCACCCAACCUGAUGCAGUUUACCAGCGCCUGAACCCCAACACCACCCAACCAGAUGGAGUCUACCAGAGCCUGAACCCCAUCACCACCCAACCUAAUGCAGUUUACCAUAGCCUGAACCCCAACACCACCCAACCUGAAUCACUUUAUCAAACCCUGGUCCACAACCCUGACCAGGGAGAUUCAACCUACCAGAGCCUUCACCCCAAUAGCACCCAACACAACCCUAUUUACCUAAACCAGUAGCUCUGGCUUAAAGCAGCUUACAGUAGAAAAAAGCCUUCCUGGUCUAAGGGUUGCUAGGCAAACCACAGCACAGCACAUGGCUCACCUCGUCUCCCAUCCAACUUGGGAGUUAGGCUCAAGGACAACACUCUUCUGAACUAUCCUUUACAUGCAUACUUACAUACUAAAACAGGAACAUCUAGUCAAAUGUACAUAUCAUUGUUUAAGGAGGUAACCUGUGAAAUGUUAAUGUAAAGGCAUAUCCAGACUGUA